GAGGGCGGGAAACGACAGGGCGACGAAGACGUGAGCAGCGACGGCCCGAGGGGACGUUUGAGAGUAGAAAAAAAAGAGGGGGAGUAAAAGAAGAAGGGGCCGGAGCAGCGGGAGGAGCGCACCAUGGCCUCAAAGGAAACCACAGCCGCAGGCUUCCUAAGCGUCAGCAGGGAACUCACAGAGAGCAUCAGGAAGGUGCUGGACAAGCAGGCCAUUAAGUUUGUGCGAGCCAUCAAGCAGGAAACCAGGAGCGGCAAAUCAGAGGACAGGAUUUUGGUCCUGACAACAUGGAGACUGUAUCUCUUUUCUGUCAAAGUGCCCACCAAGGUGGAAGUAACGUUCAACUUUUUGGAAAUCAGAGCAAUGAACACCUACCGAGAACACCAGGUUGUCAUCGAUACAGACAAGACUACUUACCCGCUGAGACUGCAGACCCAGGACCAGCUGGAGCACAUGGUCAGCCACAUCAACUACGCCCUCUCCCGAGUCUUCAACAACUCCAUUUAUGCUCCUCCUAUUUGCCGAGCAGAGGGAGACCUCAUCGAUGGAAGCCACAAGUUUUCACCAAGCUCUGAAUCACCAUUAGAGCCCCAGAAAACAUGUGGAGGUUUUUCUGAGACCUAUGCUGCACUUUGUGACUACAACGGAAUAGGCUGCAAAGAAGAAGUACAGUGGGAUGUUGACACUAUCUACCACUCGCAGGACAACAGGGAGUUCAACUUGCUGGAUUUCAGCCAUCUUGACAGCAGGGACUUGGCGGUGAUCGUGGCAUCCAUUGCAUACAACACCUGGUUCACCAAGCUGUACUGCAAAGACAUGCGCAUAGGCUCAGAGGUGGUGGACCAGGUUCUGCACACAGUCAGCAAGUCCAACAGUUUAGAGGAGCUCACUCUGGAGAAUGCUGGGCUCAAAUCGGAUUUCCCACAGAAGAUGGCGUCAGCACUGUCAGAGAACCCAGCCUCUGUGAUUCAUUCUCUCAACCUGGCUCAUAACACGCUAGACAACCAAGGAGUCUCCAACCUGAUUCAACAGGUGUGUCGUCUCAACAAAGGACUGCACCUCCUCAAUCUCUCCAAGACCUCCUUGUCCUCCAAGGGUGUUGUUUCACUGUCCCAGGCGUUGUGUUCAAGUGAUGACUACUCCAGUUCUCUGCUGCAUCUGGACCUGAGCAAAAACCCUGGGGUUCUGUCUGGAGAGGAUGCCACAAACCUGUACCUGUUCCUGGCCCAGCCCAACUGCCUAGUCCAUCUGGAUCUGUCUGGGACAGACUGCACUGUGGACUUGUUGUUUGGGGCCUUGCUGCGAGGCUGCUGCGCUGACCUUUCCUACCUGAACCUGUCCAAGAACUCCUUCUCUCACAGGAAAGCAAGAGAUUCUCUGCCAACCUUCCGCCAGUUCUUCAGUUCUGCGUUCAGCCUGACCCAUGUCAGCCUGGCCUCUAUGAAGGUCCCUCCUGAUUCGUUGAGGGCUCUGUUCUUAGGUCUGUCCAAUAACCCUCAUAUCACUGAUUUACACCUGGACAUCAGCAGCUGUGAGCUGAGAUCAGCAGGUGCCGGGGUGAUUCAGGAGCUGUUUCCUCGGGUUUCAUGCGUGGGGACUUUAGACAUUUCUGAUAAUGGUUUGGAUGCUGACUUGCUGGCUGUCAUCCCAGCGUUCUCCAGGCACCCCUCCCUCAAACACCUGAUGCUGGGGAGGAACUUCAACAUCAAGGGCAGGGUGCUGGAUGAUAUUCUGCAGAAACUAGUUCAUUUGGUGCAAGAGGAAGAGUGUGCCCUGCAGUCCCUUUCCUUGGCUGACUCGAGGCUUCGUCAGUGGGGCACGGUGCUGGUCAAUGCACUGGGCUCCAAUACCUGCCUGCGAAAGGUGGACCUGAGUGGCAACCUCCUGGAGGACUCUGGGGCCAAGAUGCUCAGCAAAGCUCUGCAGAUCAACACAACACUCAGGAGUGUGACGUGGGACCGCAACAACACCACAGCGACAGGCUUUCAAGAUGUGGCGAGGGCGCUGGAGCACAACUUCACUCUGCAGUACAUGCCCCUCCCCCUCUGUGAUGUCACUCAGGCAUACCGCAGCGCUCCAGAGAAGACCGACCAAGCCCUGACCAAGAUCCAGCGUGCCCUGCUUAGGAACAACCAGACUCAGCGCUUCUCUCAGAAACAGGCUCUCAGGUUGCACCAGGGCCUCGUCACCAGCACUGCUGAACAGGUGAUGGAGCGUCUGUGUGUGCGGGUGCAGCAGCAGGUGUGUGUUCUCAAAGGCUGUGAGGAAGGAGAGGAGGUCCAGAUGGCCAGACAGAUACUCAAAGAAGCCAGGAACUCAAGAGCUUUGUAUCCAUCGCUGUGUGAGUUGGCCCAUGUGAUGUCAGUGGAUGGCCCCGUUAAACAGCGCCUGGACGCUCUGGCUGGAGAACUGGCCAAGGCUGCUGAUAAAGAACUGCAGGUGGUAGUGGACUCCAUGGUGUCUCUUUGCCGGGAGUUGUGUCCCGUGUCCUGCUCAGCAGCUGAGAGACUCAGCCCUCCUCUCUCAUCCAUCUCCGAGCAAGUUGCGAUUCCUCGCUCUGCCAUUCGCAACGCUCUGAUGGAGAGAGCUGCUGAGGAUAUCAACAGAGCCCUGGAGGAGGUGAAGUUGUCUGUGGUCUCAUAUCUGACCAACUCCAUCGUGGAUCAGAUUCUUCAAGAGCUCUACGCCACUCAUAAAACACUGCUGCAGCAGGUGACUCAAGCAAAGCGAUGGGAUGAUGUUGGGACGGCCAGGCGCACCUUCAGACAGUCCAGAAUAGUCGAGUCUCUAGAAUUCCCUGAUGAGGACUUUGGCGUCAACCUGGGAAUAGACACUAUGGCUAUUAAGAAGCGGAGCUCCAGAACUAGAAGAAUUCGUCCUGUGUGUACCAGACUGAGUUUAGGUGAUGAGCCCAGUUCCUCUCCCACCCCCUCUGCUCCACUUUACUCUGCCCCUCUUACCCACUCGGCAUCAUGGGAGUGUCUGUCCACCCUCCCAACCAAUGGCUCUCCCUUACGCCAUGUGACCCAUGUCAGACCACGCCCACCGCGGAGGCACCGAGCAGGACACCUUCCUCCUGAAUCUCAUUGCUCAGAGAAUGGUGGAGUCAGUAUGCUGGAGGAUGGACUUCCUGAUUUCUACAGCAAGCGAGUGCUCCCUGACAGUCAAUUGGCAUCCUUCCAUGAGGCCCAGUCACUGAGGAGGAAGAAAAGACGCAGCAUGCUCUCCAUUUUUUCCGGCUUCCGCAAGAAUCGUAACUCCACCAUCUCUAAUCGGGACUCGGACAGCGCCUCAGAGAACAUCUACUCGAUGAUUCAACACCCUAAGGAUACUAUAAGGGCUGAGAGCGCUGUUCCUGGAGCAAAUGGGACCAUGCCUUCACCUCGACCCAUGCAAGGUGUGCCUGUGCAUGGGGUGAGGGCCGCCAGUCCCCCCUGCCUCAUCCAGAGACAGUCUACAGACCUGGUCAGCAUGGUGUAUAGCUGCAUUGGGGCUGAAAUCGAGGACUCAGAUGGGAGCAGCACUUGUGACAUUAAAGCGACAGAUGAAGAUGCUGACAGAUCGACCACCAUCUCAGAUGCCCCCGCAGAUACUCCGACUAACGGCCACGUGGUGUCCUCCAAACAGCAGACGGACAGACAGAUGGGAACAGGCAGGCAGGAAAGGAUCAGACCCCUGACAGACUCUCAGACCGAGACAGAGACAGAGGAGGACAGACAGAGUAGCGGUGGCAGUGGAAGCGGCGCCCCCUGUGUAACGAGGCCAGAGCCACCUCCACAAAGCAUCAAGCCCAGCCUGGCUGUCAUGAAACAGCAACACCUGCAGGAGGGUUCAGAAGAGGAGCAUGAAGAGAAGCAGAGAGCAAGAGGACCAGAGGGACAGCGUCCUCUUAUUGCCUUUAAGCCCAGUCUUGACCUCCCGAGAGACAAAACCUCUCCGAAAAACACCAAGACCCCUCCUAAAACCUCACCUGUCAGUCCCGGACAAGAACCAGCCAAUGAUCAGAGGAUCUCGCCUCCAACCCAGCCAGUUAUUCAAGACCAGUUGACCACUGAGAGGAAAAGUCCACCAGCGUCUGACAAGCCGGGGACAGAAGCAGCUGAUCUCGCCAUCAGUCAAGAUGGGGAAGAAGGUCACAAUGGGUUUCCAGCAACUUCACAUCGCACCAGGAAGUCCAGCUCUUUUGACAUAGGCAUGGAACGGGACAGUCCCUGUGAUCUGGAAAGGUCUUCAGAUCUCAGAUUCCCUGUGAAAAAGCCCUGUUUUCCCCAGAAUAGAAACAGAUCUCUGGACUACCCUGCUGGGACCAGGAAUUAUGACAGCCCCCAACUUGGGAACAGAGAUGCAUUAUGACGUUACCAGUGGACCAGGAGAAGUUGGACGGGCAAAGAAGACUGGAGCAUGGAGGACUGGAGAGAGACGAGUUUUUAAAACUGUGGGGACUAACAUUUAACAGCAGCUUUAUAUUUUUCCAUUUUAAUCCAUGUAUAAUCAGUUGUUGGAAAUGCAUGUACUGUGUGCUUUCUGGUUGCUCUUGUUAUAGUUUUUCUCAGGCCUAAGGAAGCUCUGACCUACAGUACAUAAAGUGCUUUUCAUACAAACAGUGUCUCUCCAGUAUGUUCAUGAACUGUUUUAUGCAUUUGCGCAAAAUCAUUUAAUACUCUGCCCU